AUCAUCACUCUUAAAAGUACCUACUUAUGAGGCAAUUUGUCCCCUUGGGCAGCACAUUAGUAGAGUAUAAUACGCUCACUUUUCCCUUCAUGCAUGUUCCUGCUGUUGUCCUCUAAUAUGACCGAGAAAACUCUUCCGUGUAUAUUCUAUGGUUCCAGUAAGUCAGUUCGCUCCGAGGUAAAUUAUAGACAAGACAACAAUGGUAAAAGGUAUGAGAAAAACAGUAUUUGCAGAGUCGGAAGUCUAUCAAGCUCCAAUUUUCUGACCUAUCAUGCCAUCGACCUUGAGUUAUGAUUUUUCGUUUAAACUACAUCUCGUGAACCGUCCACUUACAUGAUUUUGUAUGACUUUAUUAUGAUUAUGGCAUCCUAUGUACGAGAUUAUGACAUGUCCAAGUUAUUCAGCGGCUAUAUGUCUCCUGAGUAUGCCAUGGGUGGGAUGUUUUCUGAGAAAUCCGACGUUUAUAGCUUCGGAGUACUGAUGUUGGAGAUUAUCAGCAGCAAGAAGAACACAGGUUUAGAUUACCUUGGACAGCAUCUUAGUCUCCUCACUUACGCUUGGCACUUGUGGUGCGAAGGCAGAGGAUUGGACCUAAUGGAUGAAGCCAUUGCCAACGCAUUUUCACCAUCGGAAGUGAUGAGGUGCAUUCAGUUAGGGCUUCUCUGUGUGCAGGACCAUGCCACAGACAGACCCAACAUGUCGGCCGUGGUUUUAAUGCUAAGUGGGCAGUCCGAUCUUCCAGAGCCAAAGCAACCCGCAAUUACAUUUCAUAGCUCAACGACUCCCGAAGUUCACCUUCAAUCACAAGAAGGAAACAUCUUGUCCAGGAAUACCAUCAACAUUACUUUGGUUGAAGGAAGAUAAAAUUCUCAGAUGCAUUUCCUCUAUCCAAUUCAUCUUUCCAGGGAUCCGUGUUUAUCAUAUUGAAUGGCUUGAAUAACCUAUCUGGUUGUUGCACUGUUGUGUGGAUAUACAGAGUAAACAAAGAAAUGAUGAGGGGCUCUGAGUUGCUAGCUGCCUAGUUGGAUAGUUCUCUGUGUGCAUGGAUGCA